GCUGGUGGUGCGGGCGCCUACUUCUACCUGAAGGGUGGUGAUGUUUCGGCGAAGAACUUUGUCCCUCAGCAGAAGGACUUCCAGGCUGUGUAUGAUGAAGUCGCUCGCAAGCUCGCCGAUGAGACGGACUAUGAUGAUGGCAGCUAUGGACCGGUAAGUCACCUUCGACCUAAAUCAGCAAUAGAACAGAACACAAGGCUAACAAGAUAUGGUAAAGGUCGUCCUCCGUCUCGCCUGGCACGCAAGCGGCACCUACGACAAAGAAACCGGCACCGGCGGCAGCAACGGCGCCACCAUGAGAUUCGCCCCGGAAUCCGACCACGGCGCCAACGCCGGCCUCAAAAUCGCCCGCGACUUCCUCGAGCCCAUCAAGGCCAAGUUUCCUUGGAUCACCCACUCCGACCUCUGGACCCUCUCCGGCGUCGCCGCAAUCCAGGAACUCGGCGGCCCCGCCAUCCCCUGGAGACCCGGCCGCCAGGACAAGGAUGUCGCCGGCUGCACACCUGACGGGCGUCUCCCGGACGGCGCCAAGAGCUACGGCCACGUCCGCGAUGUCUUCUACCGCAUGGGCUUCAACGACCAGGAGAUUGUCGCUUUGAUUGGCGCUCAUGCUUUGGGCCGCGCGCACGCUGACCGGUCUGGGUUUGACGGUCCUUGGGACUUCAGCCCUACUGUCUUCACUAAUGAGUUCUUCCGUCUGCUUGUCGAGGAGAGCUGGAAUAAGAAGAAGUGGAACGGCCCCGAGCAGUUCACGGACAAGUCCACGCAGACGCUCAUGAUGCUUCCUAGUGACAUUGCGCUUAUCCAGGACAAGGAGUUCAAGAAGCAUGUUGAGCGGUAUGCCAAAGACAACGAUGUAUUCUUUAAGGAGUUCUCGGAUGCAUUUGUGAAGCUGUUGGAGCUUGGUGUUCCGUUUGCUAGCAAGGCUGAGGAUCGGCUUGUGCUCAAGGCUUCUGAGUAAUUUGCGCGGAGCUUUUGACUAAGGUUGAUGAUUUGUUUGAAAGCACUGCAUUUUGAUUGAUUUUGAUAUCCGAUUUGUUGCUUCAUUUUGGAAUCCUCAUUGGGUUGGCGUCUUUGCGUUGAUAUUUGAGGCCCUGUUAUGGACAGUCCAUUAGCAAGGUAUACAUAGUUAGCAAGGUAUAUAUAGUAAUGAAGAUACUGUAUACAUCUGUGUUCCUGUCUUGUAGUCCGCGAGGAGAUCGAAGUUGCGAGGGUGGAGAUAUAUAUUGCCCAUAGCAUCAUAGGUUUGUCAUAGGUUCAGUGGGAGUGCACAGGUCGCAUGUAGGUGGGGCAUUUUCGUGUCAGGUAACUAGUCCAAAUUAGGCGAUGGUCACAUGAUGCGCUACCUGACACGACUUU